AGGAGGAAACAGAAACAGCUGAGGUGAAUAACUGGAGGAAUCAUUUCUACUUUUAACACCUUAACUAUUCUGCAUCUCCAGAUGUCUAGUUCUUCACGCUCUCUGGAGAAGAAGGUAGAUCACAGGGGAACAAAUCAUUUACUCACUGUUCUUCAAGCUUUUUGAAAAUGGUCAACUCUAGAAGUGUGUUACUGCUGGUCUGCACAGUCUUGGUGGUUGGGGCCAUCUGUGGAUCAGACGCUCGCCAAGAUGGAAAGAGACGACCGUGCUGCGUUGCAGUCACCAACCUCGAUAUGAGUGCUGAGGUGGUGGGGGAAACAUAUCGUCAGCAGGCCGCAACACCACCCUGUGUGAAGGCUAUAAUUUUCAACACAGAAUAUGGACCGCUUUGUGCUGAUCCAAACGCUCAGUGGGUCAAAGAUCUCAUUGCGAGCAUGACGAGGGUAUGAAGUACAAAGUGUGAGGUGAAGCAUCGCUGCCUGUCGGCUCAUCAGUAUCUCCUCAUGAAUUUUAUUCGAACUUUUCUUUGAAAUGUUUUUAUUACUUUACUCUUUUAAGUCUGUUCUUGUUCUUAUAUGACUUUAUAGUGACGACUAAUAAUGGACGUGAAUCUAUGCUUAGACGAACCAACUGAUUUUCUUUUUUUUUUAAGUUUAGUUACAUAUUUAGUUUCAAAUCUUCUUUUAUUCUUUAUUUUUUGCUUUUAUGAUUCCAUUUAUCUGUGUACAUCAUGAUGUUUUGUAAAGCUGACUCUGACAAAUGAUAUCCAAAUAAACUUUGACCACCAGUCAUUCAAUAAAUCUAAUAUCUUAAUAAU